AUGGCAGGUACCGUACGUCAACCGAUCGAUGUUCCAGCCCUGGAACGGUAUAUCGACCAGAAUGUACCCAUCAUCAAGACACCACUGGAGGUAAAACAGUUUGGUUUCGGCCAAUCCAACCCAACCUACCAGCUCAUCGCCUCCGACGGAAAGAAGUUCGUUCUGCGCAAGAAGCCGCCAGGCAAAUUAUUGUCGAAGACCGCACACAAGGUUGAGCGGGAAUACAAGAUUAUCCAUGCGUUGGAACAAACGGACGUGCCUGUCCCCAAGGCGUACUGUCUCUGCGAGGACAACAGCGUAGUUGGGACACCCUUCUACAUUAUGGAGUUCCUGGAUGGGAGGAUAUUCACCGAUCCCGCAAUCCCGGAGGUAUCUGCUGAGGAGAGAACAGCUUUGUGGAAGGAUGCCGUACGAACCUUAGCCAAAUUCCAUCGCGUCGUCCCCAAGUCCAUCGGGUUAGAAGGAUUCGGAAAACCAACAGGGUUCUAUGAUCGACAGAUCGCCACGUUUACGACAGUCUCCAAGGCCCAAUCUCAAGCCGUCGACGUAGAAUCGAAGGAGCCGGUCGGGGAGCUGCCCCAUUUCAUGGAGAUGGUGGCCUUCUUUCAGGACAAGAGCACACAGCCAAAGGACCGUGGGACGUUAGUGCACGGCGAUUACAAGAUUGACAACAUGGUCUUCCACAAGACCGAGCCUCGUGUUAUCGGCGUGUUGGACUGGGAAAUGGCCACGGUGGGACACCCGCUCUCGGACUUUUGCAACCUCACCAGCCCAUACUUCCUCGAAGGAACGGAAUACCAGGUGGAGAAGUUCAGGCCAGGCGCUGUUGCCGGUUUGCCCACGCGAGAGGACUGCCUGCGGUGGUACAGCGAAUAUGCCGGAUGGGAUCCGACGCCUGAGAUCAUUUGGGGAGACGCAUUCUUUCAAUGGAGGAGCUCGGUUAUCAUGCAAGGCAUCAAAGCACGCUAUGCCUUGAGGCAGGCUAGCAGCGCGCGUGCCGCAGAGUAUGCCCAAAAGACGGUGCCAUUUGCCCUCGGGGCAUGGGAGCGAGUACAGAAGGUACAGGCCGUCCUUCGCCAGAAGGGCAAAUUGUAG